UGUUCUUUUGUCGACUCUUUUUCAUAUGAGAUAUUUUUCCUCCUCUCUCACAACAAGAUAGACAGCCAAUGGCUGGUGAUUACAGAGGGAACUAUAUCCGUAGCUCCGACCAUGCUUCUUCUGUAGAGGAACACACGCCUUCUUCUAUGUAUUCCUCGGGAAAAGAGUGUAUGCCUACAGAAUGGACUGAUGAGAAGCAUAGUCUGUAUCUUAAAUCAAUGGAAGCUUCAUUCGUACACCAGUUUUACAGCUCCCUCAGUUCAAAUUCGAGUAAGGAGAACGUAGGAGGAAACCCAUCUGAUGAACAGGUUCUUCGUGAUGGUGGUUUCUGGCAGAAGAUGAAUGUAAGACAACCUGAGUAUCGUCUCAAAGGAAGACACGGUGGUGGUUCUCCUCAUGAGUUUCUUAGGAGUCCAUGGAUAAAGCACUAUAAGUCUUUACCAAAGACUCAAGUGGUUAGCUCGAAGGCUUUAGUCAUAUGCAGCUCUGGUUCAGCGUCUAAUCUCAAGAACAUGCUACGAGAAGGCUGCUCUCAUUUACAUGACCGGGAUCAAAUCAGCAUAGGAGAAGAAGAAGCUAAUUUUUUUCCUACAGAAGAGGCAUCUGACCAGAACUUUGUCAACGAAGUAACAAAAGGGGGAAAUGGAAGCUCCAAGAAGAUGAAGACAGUGAUGAGCGGAUCAUCGAGUACUGAUCAGGUUGUUCCACUCAGAAAAACUCGUGCAGACAUGACGUAAACUGAAGUCUAUUUAUGAAAAGGUCGUUACAACUGGGUAUGUGAGGAGUGUUUUGUAAUGUAUAGACUAUAGAGUAAAAACAGUCAACCCCCAUGGUUAGUUGCAUGUGUCUUCAUCAAAUAUCCCCCUAACUAUAAACAUAUUGUAUGCUCGUGUGAGUGGCCUUCAUAUGUGAUGUAAACCUUAAAUUUGCAUCAAGUUGUUUUUGAUUA